CACUUGGUUACAGUCUGACUGAGGAUUUUAAUCACUUGGAGUCACACUGGAAACAGUUCUCUCUGCAAUCCAUACUUAGCUGAUAAUCGCUAUCUUUGGGCAUAUCAGCUUCUGCAACCAUCAUCAGUUAUCCUUUCUGAGAUGACAUCUGUGAUUUAGCUAUUCAGAACUUAAUGAAGCUGGUGAGUCUGUGACAAUGUGGAGAAAUCAUGUCAGAAAAUGUGGUUUGUACUGGGGCUGUCAAUGCUGUAAAGCAAGUUUGGGAAAAAAGAAUCAAGAAACUCGAUGAAGACCUGAAGCGAGAGAAGGAAUUUCAACAGAAGCUAGUGCGGAUCUGGGAAGAACGAGUAAGCUUAACCAAGCUAAGAGAGAAGGUCACUAGGGAAGAUGGAAGAGUUAUUUUGAAGAUAGAAAAAGAGGAAUGGAAGACCCUGCCUUCUUCUCUACUGAAACUGAGUAAUCAGUUACAGGAAUGGCAACUUCAUAGAACUGGUUUGUUGAAAAUUCCUGAAUCCAUUGGAAGAUUCCAGAACCUCAUAGUGUUAGAUUUAUCUCGAAACACAAUUUCAGAGAUACCCCGAGGAAUUGGAUUGCUCACUAGACUUCAGGAACUGAUUCUUAGUUACAACAAAAUCAAGACUGUUCCCAAGGAACUAAGUAACUGUGCCAGCUUAGAGAAACUAGAACUUGCUGUUAACAGAGAUAUAUGUGAUCUUCCACAAGAGCUCAGCCAUCUGUUAAAACUUACUCACCUUGAUCUGAGUAUGAACAACUUUACUACAAUCCCUCCUGCUGUGCUGAACAUGCCUGCCCUUGAGUGGCUUGACUUGGGAAGCAACAGACUUGAACAACUUCCUGAUACUAUAGAAAGAAUGCAAAAUCUACAUACACUGUGGCUGCAACGGAAUGAAAUAACAUGCUUGCCAGAAGCAAUCAGCAAUAUGAAAAAUCUGGGUACUCUUGUUCUCAGCAACAAUAAACUGCAAGAUAUUCCAACGUGCAUGGAAGAAAUGACCAAUCUGAGGUUUGUCAACUUCAGAGACAACCCACUGAAACUGGAAGUAACACUUCCUCCCAGUGAAAGCACAGAUGAAGAGGAACGGGAAUUAUUUGGCCUCCAGUUUAUGCACGCGUACAUACAAGAAUCACGAAGAGCAGAUAACCAAGUCAAUUGUUCGACUACUGUAUCAAUCUCUAUAAAUACUGAUGAAUAAUAUAAUUCAAGAUGCACUGCUGAAGAGGAUUACUUUAAGAAUUUGGUGAAUUCUCCAAUGUUUAGACUUCUAAAGUUAAA